CUGAGCCUGUCUGUCCCCAGUCAAGAGGAAGGGGAGUGAAACAUGGCUUUCCACUGCUCUGCUUUGAUGAGAAAGCAACCAUGGUAUCUAUCGAUGUCGGCUUACUCCCCUGUCUGUAUGGCUCUGCUGUCCCUCCUCCUUGCUCCAGCACUUGGACAACUGGACCUUAACCGCUUGGAUGGCGAUACCGUCUGCCCACCAAUGAGAAGCGGACAAGAUGACCUUCCAGGUUUUGAUCUGAUCACACAGUUCCAGCUGGAUGUGAUCCCUCUGAAAGGUGUGAGGAAGGUGGAUGGCUCCACUCCCCACCAGGUGGCUUACCGCCUCGACAGGGAGGCCAACUUCCAAAUUCCAACCAUGCUGAACUUUCCCCGCGGUUUCCCUGACGAGUACUCCUUCAUGGCGACCUUCCGCAUGAUCAAGAACACAGUGAAUAAGGUGUGGAACAUCUGGCAAAUAGUCGACGAAGACGGCUACAAACAAGCCGGACUGAGGCUGAAUGGUGACCAGCAGGCUCUGGAGUACUUCCUGAUGGGUGCCGAUGGCAACCUGCAGACCGUCACCUUCCCUGGCCUGUCUGUGCUCUUCAAUACCAAGUGGCACAAGGUCAUGAUCGGUGUGGAGCGCGACCAGGUCACUCUGUAUGUGGACUGCCAGCCUGUGGAUCAGAAACCCAUCAAGGGCAAAGGCCCCAUCAACACAGAGGGAGACACUCUUAUUGGCAGGCUGGAUGCUGAUCCCGACUCCUCCGUAGUGUUUGAGCUUCAGUGGAUGUUGAUUCACUGCGACCCAAAGAGAGCCCAGAGAGAGAGCUGCAAUGAGCUGCCUGCCACCGAGAUGUAUGCCAAUGCUGAGCCUGACAAAUCAGUCCAAGGCCCCCCCGGAGCCCCUGGCCCAGAGGGCCCCCGUGGGCCCCCAGGAGAAAACGGUAGAGAUGGAAGAGAUGGUCUUCCAGGGUCUUCUGGCAGCCCAGGCAAUCCGGGCAGCAAAGGGGAGCAGGGGGAGAUCGGUCUUCCUGGACAGAGAGGCCUGCCUGGCCUUCCAGGACCAGCUGGUUCUCCUGGCUCAAUGGGACCCAGAGGGCCUGUGGGAGAGAGAGGACUUCCUGGCUUUCCUGGGCUCCAAGGUCCACCUGGCCCAACAAGUCAAGGACCCCCUGGACCACCAGGGAAACCAGGAAUCCCAGGAGAUGAAGGAAAUAUUGGGCCUGAGGGUCAACCUGGACCCAGAGGGGGACCCGGCACCCCAGGGCUUCCUGGCCCUCCUGGUCCACCAGGACCAGCAGGACCGCCUGGUGCCAGCAAUGAGGGAAGUGGGGAAGCUUGUCCUGCUGCCUGCCCUGCUGGGCCUCGGGGGAUGCCUGGGCCACCAGGAGUGAAGGGACACACAGGUGCGGCUGGUGAGAAUGGAAAAGAUGGAGAGCCUGGAGAGAAGGGAGAGGCUGGACUACAAGGUGCUCAGGGUCCACCAGGUCGCAUGGGAGAUGAUGGGCAAAGAGGGCCCAUUGGAUUCCCAGGAGCUGCAGGAGAGAAGGGAGACAGAGGUCCUCCUGGUUUCAAUGGCAACCCCGGACCAACCGGCCCACCUGGAGCUCCUGGUGUGGAGGGAAUCCGUGGACGUCAGGGUUUGGAGGGGCCUAAGGGUGACGAAGGAGCAGUGGGACCUCAAGGAGAGCGGGGUCCUGCAGGCGAAAAAGGAGAUGUUGGAGAGCCUGGCAAAGAUGGCUUGGAUGGGCUUCCUGGAGCUGAUGGCGCCAAGGGAGAGGCUGGUACUCCUGGAGCUGGUGGUAUCAGGGGGAUUGUCGGCAUUCCAGGGCUUCCAGGCAAGCAGGGAGUAGUUGGACCCCCUGGUGCAAAGGGUGAUGUUGGUGCCGAGGGACCCAUCGGGCCAGUUGGACUUCCUGGAAAAACAGGUGAGCCUGGAUCAGCUGGAGAAGAUGGCAAACCAGGAGAUAAAGGAGCAACAGGUGAAACAGGAAAACAAGGGCCAGUGGGGCCUGCAGGUCCAGCAGGCAUCCAAGGUGACAAAGGAGAUAAAGGUGACACUGGUGCUAAAGGAAUAAAAGGUCAUACUGGACACAAAGGUGACCAGGGACCUAUGGGACCAGUGGGACCAAAAGGAAGCAUGGGGGACACAGGUUUUGCAGGAGAUCCCGGGGUCAAGGGAGACCAGGGCCCUCCUGGUGUUUCUGGAAUGAAAGGAGAGCAUGGAGAGAAGGGCCAGAGAGGAUCAACAGGAGCUGAUGGCAGACCAGGCCUGCCGGGCCACGAGGGUUUGGCUGGUCCAAUGGGAGUUCGAGGGCUGGAGGGAGAACCAGGCCUUCCUGGAUCACCAGGCCCCAGAGGUCUACCUGGCCCAAAAGUGAGUGAUGAGAAGCUUCGGGAAAUGUGCUCAGUCGUUGUUGAAGAACAACUAGCAGAGUUUAUGAAAGAGUUUCUGAAGAGGCCAGCAGCCAUUGGUGCCCCUGGUAUCGCUGGACCGGCAGGACCUCCCGGCCCCGCUGGACCACCUGGAGCAGCAGGAGCAGCAGGAGCUCCAGGGCCAAUGGGUCUCAAAGGCCAUCCAGGCUUCUUUGGACUUCCAGGUGCACCAGGCAAGAAAGGUGAUGUGGGAGAAAAGGGAGAUAAGGGAGACAAAGGAGAGGACGGUGUAGGAGUCAAAGGAAGCCCAGGCGCACCAGGUGCACCGGGUGCUCCAGGUGCUCCCGGUAUUGGUAAGGAUGGCAAAAACGGAGAGCGUGGUGACACAGGAAGUCCCGGUGCCCCAGGAGCAUCCGGUCCAAGGGGGCCCUCAGGGCCACCAGGCCUUUGUGACCCAUCAACCUGCAUAGGCCGAAUUCCACCUCUCUACAUGGUCAGUGGAAAGAAGUCGGCCAGCUACAAAAACCCAUGAAACAUCACAGUUCACUGACACACUCAGAUCUCAUCCUGCAGUGACCGAGUUUAAGGACUUCUCAGAAUUCAAGGCGUGGUGAUCUUUGGGAGUCUCCACUGGAACCACGGAUCUAAGAGACACAAAGGGAAACAGAGACAAAGCAACAACUGUAGAAUACUGUAUAGACAUUUUAACUUGUAUAUGAUUUUAGUGAGAGCUUAUCUGAUGGUGUGUACUCAAAGAUAGCUGCUACUGAUGCCAAAGCAACUUCUUCCAGCUGACGACAGGCCCACAGGCCCAUGAAUUGUCCGAUUACAACUGCUGACCCCUGGCUGUCCUUCUGUACCUUCAUGAAAACAAAUACGAGCAGAUAGUAAAGUAUUAAAAAGGUACAUGUCUCUGAUAUGCAUGUUUUUUUUAAUUUCUUGAAUAAGUGAACUGAAAACAUUACUUCUGCUAUUUUACUGUAGCUGCAUACCAGCUGCCAUUUUGACCCAGUGACUCUCAAUGCAAUAAUGAGCCAGUUAGGAGCAGAGUUUGGUGAAGUGGAACUAUGCUUUGUGUCUUUGCUUUCCAAGACAAAACUUAAAAAAUAUUAAUUUUAACAUCUUAAGAUUUCGCUACAAUUGCAGACCGGAGCUGACAACUAGCUGACAACUCCAACAAUUUACUUUCUAAUUUAGGAUCAUGACUUUGUUUCUCCUGAUUUUGUCAUAUUAAUGUUCUUUUUCAAACAAUGU